AUGACCGAUUCGUACCGUCCGCCGUACGAUUCCAACCGUCAAUGGACACCAGCGUCUACACCUUCUGAGGCUGCGCUCAACUAUGAUGACGCGGAUGUGAACCGUAUCCCGAUCAAUCCUCGCCGUUCCAACGUCGCAAUCCCAGCUCAAUCACCACGGCUAUGGGAUGAAGACUCAAACUCGCUCAUGCAUCGCACUAUCCGCGCCUACGAUCUCGUCGUGAACUACGAUCGCGACUCCCACGGCGGUACCCGCUGGUCACGCGAGGACAUCGAUCGCGUUCGAGACCUCGGCCGCUAUCUGCAUGGCGACGUCCGCGAUUUGAAGCACUGGAGUGAAGUGGUGGCAAAGGACGGGGAGCAAGACGCGUCCACUAUGGAUAAGCUUAGGGAUGACGUCGAAAACUUGCGAAAGUACUGUGAGCAGAUUCAAGCCAUCAUCAGGGAUACCGAACGUAUUCCCCUGCGCCAACGUAUGACACGAGACGAUGGAGCGCAGAUUGGUCAGAAUGUAGAUGAGGGCCAUAGUCUUAAUGGUGACACCAACGAGCUCGACGAGAAGACCAAAGAAGGCGAGGAUAUGGACGUCGAGAUGAGUACCGGCCUAGAGGAGAAGCCUGAAGUAGUCGAUCCGACACUUAACCCACGGCAGGCAGUCUGGGCGACUACACCGUCAACACGAUUUGCUUGGUGA